CUUCAACUUCAACACAACUUACAAUAACUCUUCAAUCUUACACCAAAGUACUCUACUAAUUAGCUCUUAUUUACAUCAUUUUUUCUUCUUAACCAAUGGAGAGUGUCACAAAAAUGGUGUCCCAAAGGCCAGUGGUCAUAUUCAGUAAAACCAGUUGCUGCAUAAGCCACACUGUCAAGUCUCUCCUGCAGGAUUUCGGAGUGAGUCCAGUUGUUUACGAGCUGGAUGAGAUCCCCCGAGGCCGCGACAUCGAGGUCGCAUUAGCCAGGCUUGGGCACAACCCGGUGGUGCCAGCCGUGUUCAUAGGUGGGGAACUUGUAGGAGGAGCCAAUGAGGUGAUGAGUCUUCAUCUCCAGCGGAACCUCAGGCCUAUGCUUACCCGAGCCGGAGCUAUGUGGGUCUAAAUCAAAUAUAGUCACCGGCCUUGAAUUAUAAUUAAGGAAUAAUAAACAAAUGUUGGAAUCAAGAGAGUUUUUUUUUUUUUUUACAAAUCAAUAGGGGCUUGCUGGCUGGUUCAGAUAAUGUGGAAGCAGUCAGCUUUUUGUAUAAGCUCCUCUCUCCAUCUAAAUAUAUGUGGUGGUCUCUUAAUGAAUAAGUUAUUUACUAAUUAUGAACA